AUGGGCUUUGAGAGCGGUACUCCUGGAUUGGUCAAGGAUUUGUUAAAUAGGGCUGAGUUUUUAAUGGGCAAUUCUAUCUGUGUUUUGUAUAGUAAGCGUCUAGAAAAGGUGCAAAGAGUUUUUGUGAAUUUUGCUCACUGGGUGGGGUUGCACCCGUACCCGGCUUCAAAUGAGCUUUUGGCAGCCUUUCUUGCUUGGUUGGAACUUUCCAAGAGAGUUGCGGAGAUGCCAACUUGCUUGACGGCAAUUGCUAGAGGGCACAAAGUUAGAGGCUUGGUGGACUCAACAAAAGGUAGUCAGAUCCGAUUGAUUGUUGAGGAAAGUACGUGA